GCGUCUCGAUGCAGAAAUUUUCAAGUUCUAAGCUUUGAAUGCCAGAAAAACGAUAUUCGUUAUCAUGGAGAAACUAUUCGAGAAGAUUGGAGACCAUUUUAACAAUCCGGAGAUGUCUGACCGAAUUUUAGUGGUGAAGAUUAGAACAGAUGGUUGGGAAAAAUUGGAAGCCGCACGCCGGGUAAAAAACAUGACAAAAACCAGUUCGGACAACAACGAGGAUUCAAGUGUACCAACAAAAAACACGUCUGGAGGAAACACAAAUGUAAGACUAGAGGAAAAGCAAUCGGUAACUUCUGAUAAAGGCAGCGAUGUGCCGAGUUCUUCCGUAGAGGAGGGCAACGCGUUUGGAAACGUGGAUAGUUCUAGUUCUAGAACCGUGAGUAGUUUAAGCUGCGACUCAGGAAUUAGCUGUGAAACUUUGCCUUCCGAAGCAAAACGAACUGUGAAAAGUAAAAAGCGCGAGGAUUCACUCACUGUGGUUGAAAACAGAGAAUCUGUUGCGAGGGAUAAUUUGGAUGUGGAGAAAACUAGUGAUUCGAACGAUGCAUCGACCAGUAGCACCGUGUCCUCACCUGAACUAGACUUGGAUAUCGCUUACACCAAGUUGUUACUAACAGACAUAGGCUACGCAAAUAAAGCUGGUGCUAUUGGCCUUACUGGUGCAACUAACUCAAGCUUGACUUCCGGGGAGAACGAGGUUAACAAAACAGCCCCAGAUAAUGGUGUUUUAAAGGCAAGGGAAGAGGACUUGGUAUUAGCUGAUACUGUUAUCCGUGAACAUCAGCUUUGUGUCCACAGUUUCUGGUUGGCAUUGAAUAGCUCUUAUUUCAGGAGCCUGUUUUUCAGCUCUGGAAUGAAAGAAACCAAAGUAAAAAAGGUAGGAAGCAAGAUUCCCAGGAUUGGAGGUUACAGUGUACCCAUGUCAAGCACUGUACAUUUUAGGGCAUCAUUUUCAUCAUCACCAUCAUCAUCAUCACCAUCAUCAUCAUCAUCAUCAUCAUCAUCAUCAUCAUCAUCAUCAUUAUUUCGAGUCUCCUCAGGCAAUGCUGUACCACACAACCAAUCAGAGUCUAAUUGAACAAUUCCCACUGUGAGGCAGCCAAUCACAGCCCUUUCCCAAGAUCUUGGGAACUCAAUACAGAAAAUUCCUUUUCUGCGUGCAAAAAAGUAACGGGAGACUUCUGCAUUCAUGCUAACAUUGAUUGUGAUACCCAGUUGGGAAGGGAGGCACUAACCAGUGGGGGUGUGUUACCAAGGCUUUCAAACCUGGAGGUCCCUUGUUUAAGAUGAAAGCUGCUAACCUGUUGAAGUGAAGAGACCUUUUAGUACUCCAAAUAAAAUGCACUGUUUAACAACAUCUCUACUGUUUCUUUAACUCUUUGUCUACAGAUCAAUAAUUAGUUAAUAAUAAUAUUAACAAAAUUGAUGGAUUUCCACGACACCUGUAAAGUGUUCCUUUUGAAUCUGUCAAUAACCAGUUGCACGGAUUACACCACACUUGUAGACCACUCACCAGCAAGGUUCACACUCUCUUUGAGGCAUCCUGGCCAGAAUGAUACCCUGUUCAGGAUGAUAAAUAAUGAAAAUGUAUUCGAUGAAAAAGUACUCCCUGUGUAAGACUUAAGACCCUAAAAGCCAUUCCCUGUUUGGCAGCAUCUAUCCCCUGCCUCCUAGGACACCCCAAUACUAAAAAUACGCUAAUUUUUAAGUACUUAUAUCAUAUUCAUUUUGGACUACUGGAAUAUUUUUUAUUGGCUGCAGGUUUUGCAGUAUCCCCACAAGCUCUCUUUUGUUUUUUACUCUUCAUAAUGUUUUUGUAGUUGCUUGGAUAUGUCCCAGGAAGUGAACAGCAGUGUGUUCAAAUUCAGUUCAAACUUUGCCUGAACUUUAUUUUUAUCCACGUUGACCACUAAAGUAAUAACUUAAAGCAUUUUGGCAAUGGGUUUAAUUCAUCCAUUUUGUCAUUUGUCUCACCAGGUUGAAAUGAACAUAAGUGAGUCAUUGUCAGCAAUGUUCCUGUUGUUAAUUGAGUCAUUAUAUAAACCUGAGGUUGUGAUGACAGAAAGUGUGGAGAAUCUUCUCAUCCUUAUGAGGCUUGCACAUGUUUAUGAUGCAGAAAGUACUCUUAAGACAUGUCAAAAGUAAGUUGUACCCAUGGAGAUCAUUGUUUAACACAACUACACAUUCUUUUAUGUACCACUUCUUUCCUCUAACACCUACAUGUGCUUAACCAGAUGCCCUUUCUACCCUUCUCCCUUGUGUCCCCAACCGUAUCUGUUACAGCUCAAAAUUAAAUUCAGGUUAAGUUUUUUUAACCUAGGUUGAUUCCCAAUUUCCUUUGUCCCCUAGCCCUAAUUAUUUGAGAAUUAGGGCUAAGAGACAAAAAAAAAAAAUUGAAAAUCAACCUAGGUUAAAAAAGUUUAACCUGAAUUUAAAUUUGACCUGUAACAUAUCUCCUCCCUAUACUCCUCUUUCUCCUCUAUCCUUCCCUUCCCUUGUACUUUUCUCCCCUCCCCUCCUAUUUUCUUUUCAUCCUCUUUCCCCUCUCCCCUACUACACUCCUUUUUCACCUUCCUUAACCCUUUACCUUUUUAACAUCCCUUUUCUUCCCCUCCCUUCUUCUCAUAUCCAGUGUCCUUUGAUGUUCUUUCCUCAUCAUUCAUUUCUUUCCUGCUUUCUUUUUUUUUGCUUUUCCCUCCUAUUUCUCUCCCCAUCUCUAGGCUAGCUAUUCAUCAACCAGUAUUUUCUUUUCAGACCUGCUUACUACAGUAUCUUGCUUUAUCAUAUACAUAUGAAUCAUAAAUUGUUACAUGCAAUUUGGAGCUUAUAAACAGACCUCACCUUUAAAUGUACUUUGACCUUGUCCCAGGGAGAGUUCCUGUAAUUGAGUGAUAACAUGUAUUUAUCUGCAAGUAGCAAUGUGAAUGGUUUAAUAAUUGAAAUUUAAACACUUUUGAAUUUCAGAUUGCUUGGGUCUGCUGAACUUACAGUUGAGAUUUGUGACAAAUCACUGAACAUGCAAGAACAUGAGAGGUAAAUUUUGAAUUGAUAUUUAAAAUGACUAAUGUAGCCUGCGUAGCAGGAGCGCGAGAAGGAGACACACACGUAUUGCGUGUCUCCCUUGCACGUGCCCGUUCUCUCUUUUGGCCACUACUUCCAAGCGCCUGCUAUGCAGGCUAUGACUAAUGCAUCUCACUGGCAUGCAAGCAUCACUUGUGUCCUCCGCUUUUCACCGCCUGCUUUUCACGUGAAGUGAGGGAGACAUCUGAGUGCAGGCCAUAUAGUCUGUUGUUAUUGUUGAGUAUCACCAUUUUUAUACCCUACAUGUACACUGUUAAAUUAAUGAAGGAUCUUCAGGUUUGACUACAAGUUACUAGAGCCGCCCCCUCUUCUUUUGGCACUUUGUCCAUGACAUGAUGACACCACUUGAAAAAGUUAGCCAAACGUUUUCAAGUUGCAAACUUUUUCCUUAUCUUUGUUUAUCGUGAAAGACAACCACAAGCAGUUACCCUUUUAAGGCUGCAUUCAUUCUCUAUACCAUAGGAGGGGGCGGGGGGAGAGGAAGCAGAGGAUUUUUGUGGGGGUCUUAAAAAUUUUUGACGGGAAAAGGGGAGAUGGUUAAAAUUCUGAUGGCAGGAAUGGGGCAUGCAAAUUUUUUUAGAUUCCAUUGAAAGAUUAAGUAUUAUUUUGUAACAUUAUUGAUACACCACUACACAAGUGAAGUUCGUUAUUUUCUAUUUCAGUGAGGGACGUUUUUAUUAUCAUUUCCCCCGGCUACAAUGAACAUGGCCCCCGGCUACUUUCAUAGGAAAAUAGAAGAAAAAUAAAACCAAAAGAAAUCCCUGAUAUGGGCUGUUAAGAACCAAUCAAAUUCAAGCAUUUUGUUAUUGACACAAUUAUACAUACCCUUACUUUCAAGUUUAGGCACCUAGACGCAAAGGAGGGGUUCCUUUCACGCUGUCAGCGUCAGUUCUGGCAUCUCGUGGCCUCCUACUAAGCAUGCGGCACUAUUUCGAAAAUCCUAGGAAUUGUUAAAUUAUAUUGCUUCUUUAAGAACUUAACGGCAUACCAGUGCACACAGUAUUUGAAAAUUAUGUUAAUAUUUCUCCUUUUCAGACUUCCCGAGAUGGCAGAGUUUAUACGCCGCUGUGAAGAAUUUCUUGUUGAAGAAUUCAGUCCGUUAGAUUCUCAGUGGUCAAAUGAAGACUUUCUUUCCUUGAGCGCAAAUGGCCUGCAAAAAGGUUUGUUCUUUUAAGGAAUUAUCCGCGACAGGAGCUCAUUAACCGAGCGAUCAAAUUCUGCGAUCAGAGGCCCUUCGAUCUUGCCAGACAAGUCGACUUAUCUAGGAAGAUCGGAGGGCCUUUACUCGUAGGGUAACAUAGUCCAAUCCAUUGCUUGAAACCCUAACCUUCGAUCAGGAGGUCCUUCUUGCCUGCUUUCUCUUUGUCCGUCGCCUGUUACUGAAACCCCUGCAAUGGUAUUUUUUAGACGCAGUUUUCCCCUAACAAUAUCGUGUGUUAUCUCAUGCAGUUCUAUCCAGUAAUGAUCUCUGCGUGUCGUCGGAAAACACCGUGUUUCUUGCAUUGAUGAAGUGGGCAGAAGUGAAUGAAGUCUUUGAUGAACAACUUGAGCCACUGCUGGAACUGGUUCGGUUUAAAUCCAUGACAAUCAACUACUUGCACGAUGUAGUGACCAGCGAUCAUCCUAUCGCAUCUACAGUUGCAAGGUUUCCUCUGUUGUUCGAAGAAGCUGUGUUCUACCAUGCGUUUUCUAAGGUAACUGAAGAAUCCAUAUAUCAUUAUUCGGAAAGGUUAAGUUGCUCAUCAAAUGAGUUUCCGUGCCGACGUUCGAGAAAAAAAAUAGACUGCAAAAGAGCCCGUAUUUGUGCGUAGGUCAGGAAUGCGCAAUUUUGCGUCGCCGGUGCUUUGCGCCUUGGAAACCCGAUUUUGAGAUUUAAAAAAACAGACUGUUUUGCAGUCUGGCGAAAAAAAAAAGGUCUUCGAGCAAGAUGUCACUAAAGGAUCUGGGGCCUGUUUCUCGAAAAGCCCGGAAACUUUUCGGGCCCGAAGGGAAAUUUUAAUCAAAACCUGUUGAAUCAGUAGCACAGUUCUUAACUAACAAACCGUUCAAUUUUGCCUUUUUAACUGAUAGUUUUAUUGUAUCAUUUUCAAAACUUUUAAAAUUUACAAGGUUGCUUCUCCUCUAAUCAACUUUGGUAACACACUCCCGAAAGCCGUGAAUAAUCUUUGAUAACAUGUUUGUAGUUGCUGGCGCUUAAGGACAAAAUAUGUAAGCAAAGUAAUUAGCUUCUCUGACAGGGAUGCUUACCUUUGAAGAUUUUCUGGUUGCUCUUAUUCCCGUUCGGUUGCAGAUUUCUCUCAGUUGUUACCACCCAAAAAAGACCGUCGAAUGUGAUAAAUUCUUCACUUGCUCUCAUUCCGGAUAGGCCAGAUUGACCCAACAACAACUGUCUUAAAGAAUCGCUUUGUAUUGUUAGUCACCAACAUUUAGGAGAUGUCAGCAUUCAUGAAUGUUUGCUUGUUUUUCCGUAUUAACUGGCUACUUCCUUGUCACUGAAAAUUAACAGGAAAGACAAUGUGAAGAGGGGGAACCGAUUGCGAGGAAAGCUUAUGACGAGCCCGUUGUGUUUAACUGGACAGUGGACAUCGGAGAAGACAUUGAAGUGGAAAAGAAAAAGAAGAUCAUCAAAUCUCCCCAUUUCUGGGUCAGCGGAUACGAAAUGUAAGAAACGAAUAAUAAAUGAUAAUUGCAGUCGAACCUGCCAUCUCCUAAAAUAAUGCGAAGAUUUAAGAGGCCGCUUACGAGAAUCGAACAACAAGGUCUCUUCCAAGAAAUGGUCCGAACACAUCUAUUUUUGGAAGGGAGUGUAUUGCAUGCAAUUCUACGAUGUGUGUGGUUUCGUGUUGUCACUAAAAGUUCUUUGCAUACUCUGAGUAGCGUUGUGCAUAAAACGGACUAACAGAUCAGACCAUUCUUCAAGCGGUUGCCUGAGAGAUUGAAAACAGUGGAAAGUUCUAUACCCUCCGAGCAGAGGUUUAUCUCUUGCAUGGCUUUUAGCGACUGACGAGGGUCGUGAACGACUUCGUAAACGCUAAAAAGCCAUGCAGGAGAGAAACCUCUGCUCGCAGGGUAAAAAAAUCUAAACACCAUAACCUCAAAAAGUGGUCGCGGUCGAUUACGAGAGGGGGUCGUUUAUGAGAGGUUCCAACUGUAUAGAUUAUAUUGGGAAACUUUUGGUCUUUAUGGGAGGGGGCCCCUUACGUCGGGUGAUCGCGCUCGUUCAAGAUCGAUCAAUCGAUCGUUCCAGUCCUAAGAAUCAAUAACAUCAAUUUUCUCCCAGCAAUAUCAUGACAUCAUCAAUAAAAAAGGUUAUGAGAAUACAAAAAAUGAUCACCAAAGGUGAAAUGCUUUAUCUUUUUUCAAACUCGCUUUUGUGUGGUGAUCUUUUAUGUGGAUAUUGCGUGUUAUUGUAAAAUUACAACAGGGAUCUAUCAUGUUUCGCAGCAAAAUGUAUCAAAACUAAUAAGAAAUCGCUUCGACUAUCUCCCCGUUGGAAAGGACAUAGCAAAGUACUUACUUGACGCAUUUUAUGUUAAAUGUUUUGAGCUGUCCAGAAACCGUUUACAGAUUAUCGUGUCCUACACCGAAGCGUGCGAAUUUUUAGUGAAUUUGUUUCAUCAUAGUUAACUAAGGUUUAAAUGUUAAAAUGAAAUUUGCCUUUUUAGGUUCUUGGAGCUUAAGCUGAGGACUUCCGGUUGCCAAGGCCUUUACUUAACGAUAAGCACACGUGACUUCCGCCACAACAGCAAAGGAUUUGUCAAGUUGGCUUACUCUCUGACUUCAAACUUCCCGAAGGCCACGCGAGUAAUCAACGAAGCGGACGUGUUUGACCGCGAGGGAUCUGGUUGGGGGUAUGAGGAAUUUUUUCCACUUAGCUGGUCAGAAUUCAAAGAUCAGUUGAAACGAACUCCUUUGAUUAUUACGUCACAAGUCAGCCUUCUGGAGUAGUAAAAUUAAAACAAACUCAAUCGUGCUGUGUUUAACGUUUAAGUAGUUACUUCUACAAUGAAAGUGGAGUUAAAACUAUUUUUAACCAAGCGGACAGUGACGCCUAAGUCGAUGACCGUGCCAGUAUUUUAUUUAUUAAUUAGGUAAUGUAUUUUUAAAGGUGGUCCUAUUGAUAAGCCUUAUUGGCUUCCUUGGUCUUCCUUGCCUCAUCGUUUUUCUUUAUUUUAUGUAUAUAUUUAACUUAUAUGGGAAAAUGAUAAUAACAUAAAACAAUAAGUGACGGCCGUUCCGAAGAAGACUGUACUUAAACUGCCGGGGCAUGUUAAAAGUCCUAUGGUCUAAUUUCCGGUGGUUUACAUUUUCUCUGUAUAAAAAGGCAUGUGUAUAUGUUAUAGCUAGCUUAAGUUAUUAUUUAAAAGAGGAAAUUAUUCCUAGGAAAAUGCUCUUUUAAAAGAAAAGAAAACUAACAUGUUUGAAAGAGGUGGUGUCACGCAAUUUAUCAAAAUUCUAACAGUGAGACCUGCCACCAAUUUGAUUUAAACAUAAAAAUAUCUCCUCAAAAAUAACACAGCUGAUAUAAAACGACGCACAGAUGGAAAAACUUGAUGAAGAUUGAAACGGAUUGAAAUUGUGGGUUUUGAGAACUUGUUCAUUCUCGACCCCAGUACUUACGCCUGUGACCAAUGUACAGUUGACUCUGCGCGCAAGCUCUGGGAAACACUGCGCCGGCGUAGCCAAGAUCUGGCUAUUUGGGCCUCACGCUCUUCAAUCCAACCAAAACUCAUUCCCGACCUCAGUGCUUACGCUUCUGACUGGCCGUCAUGAGCAGAAGAGCUCUGGGGUAGAGUUUGGAACUUGUUCGACUGACAGUUUUUCAAAAGCCAUUUUUAUUGUUUGUAACGUUUAAUAUGAUUCUUGGGGACAUUGUUUGAUUAUGUCAUCCACAAGUCAAGCAAUUUCUCAAGUUCUACAUCGAACUAACAUGAAAAACAAGAUGAACCGUUUCCAGCCAUGACGCAGUCCCUUAUUUUGGAAUGCUUUAUAUGGUUUGCAUAGGAAAGAACUGCAAACAGAAAAAUGAAGUCUCUGGCUACGAAACGCUGUGGGAGGAGGAAGUUGUGAUUGUAAUUUUGAGGCAGAAUAGGUAUU